AACGCUCUGCUGGGCGGCCCCGGGCGGUUGGCGAGAAGUACGAGAGCUGACCGGCUACCAGGCGGCGCGAGGGCUUCGGGUGGCGGUCCGGGUGGACACCUGCGGUCCCCAGCGAGGGGACUCCUGCCAGAAGUAAUCCAAGACUUCGGAAUGGAACGCUGGCCCCUUCCCUACUUCCUGUGAUCAAGCCAUUGGCCACCUUUCUGUGGGGAUGCCUAUAAACGACCAGAAAUCAGACUCUACGGAGAUGGACUCUGACUUGUCACCCAGUUGCAGGCUCAGUGACCUGAGCAGAGGGGGCAGUUUGGAGAGUCGAAGCAGCAGUUCUCGCUCCAGAAGUCUCACUUUGGAUGAUGAGAGCUUGAAGUACCUCACGCAUGAGGAAAAGGAUGUCAUCCUGUUUUUUGAAGAGACUAUUGACUCCCUAGAAGACGACUUUGAGGAGCAAGUCCUGUGUGACAGUGGGGUACACUGCCACUCCCCACCAUCUCUGGAAGGGAGCACUUCCAGCCCUUCAGAGCCGGAAGAUGUCAUUGACUUAGUGCCGCCAGUACCUGCGGCUGGGGAACCGGAGCACCUUCCGGGUGUGACUGAAGCAGCAGGGGCUGGACCUGUUAGGAAGGAAGACAUUCCUGUCCUGGAGCACAGGACACAAGGUUUGGGGACCUCUCCCCGACCAGAGACCACAGUUCCAGAGGCCCUUCCUCAGCCACCAUCCCUGCUGGUCCCCGCAGCGCUAGCCCACCCCAGGAAAGAACAGCUCUCCACCUCUCCUCCAGCAGAACACCCGAAACUGCCCCGCUCCGUUCCCACUCCGCUUGUUAUUGCUCAGAAAAUUUCUGAGAAGUUGGCAGGAAAUGAGGCGCUUUCGCCCACCUCCCCCUCAAAGGAGGGCAGGCCUGGAGAAUGGAGGACACUGACACCCACGGCCCCUCGAAAUGGAGACCACUCAUUGUGGCACAGACACACAGCACAGUCUGCACCCAAGGUCCACCGCUUCCCAAGCAACAUCAGUGUGACCAACAGUGCCGGGAAGGAGUUCAACAAGACCAUCUCCAAGGCAGCGGUCAAUGUGCAGGAGCGGAAAGCCCGGGUCCUGGCCAACAUUAACGGUGUCUCUUUUCUCUCCAUGGGAGAAAUGGAAGAAAGGGCCCAAAAGGGUGAUCUCCCUGAGCAAAGGAGAAGCAUCUCCCCAGAGCAGGGGACAUGUGAUCAGAGCAAGCCAGGCCCGGUGCAGGAAGGCGUGCCCACACGGGCAGGAGGGCAGACCAGCAGUCAGCAGUCCAGAGGCGUGCAGACGGAGCAGACCCCACCGCUGGCCAAUGGCUUCCAGAGCAUCCACGAUGUCCUAAAGAGGGAGCCUGGUGGCUUUUUCUCUACUGGGAAAACUGUCACCUUCCACCCAGACCCAGCUCUCACCAGUAAACUUGCACGCCAGAACGCCAGCAAGAGCUUGUUCGAGCACCGGCCGCCGGACUGCAGCCAGGAUGCUAGGAAGCGUUCAGGUUCGCUGCCCAGGGCUGUGGGGUUCAGACCCCAGGGCAUCACCGUCCAGUUCGCUGGCCGAGGCUCAACUGAGGAAGCCCGCCGGGAGGCCCUGCGGAAGCUCGGCCUGCUGAAGGAGAACUUGUGAUGGGGAGCGCGUGGGGGCUGGAGGAGGAGGACGGCUAGGUUUGUCUGGCCUAAGAUGGCUGCGUGUUGUAAAGAGCGGUCAGGACAGCCCCAAUGGCUGUGCCCUGCUGAGGACUAGCGAUGACAGGUGCCAGGGCUCAGGAGUCCGGGCUGGGGGCUGGGAGCAGUAAGGGCUGCCCCAUUACCGCCCCACCGCUGAGCUGGGAGUUCCCUCUGUAAAUGAGGGCCGGACCCACAUCUUCCUUUUUUUCCAAGAACUCAGAGAAUAACCUUGAAGACCUAUAGGUUUCUGUGAUUUGUAACUGCCAUCUACUUUGGAUUUGGAUUUGGAAAGAUGGGGAUUGGGUCUGAUUUGUUAUUCUCGAGUCUCUAAUCUAGCCUUUGAUCCCUAGUGUACAGACACAAAAGCCAGGUUAGGUCUCCUAUACUCAGUUCUCCAAGAUAGGGAUUUCCUCUCCUUUUCUAAGGAAAUGUUAAAAACUGGGUGUUAAAUUUUCAGUGUCUUAAAAUACAUUUUUGGGUUUUUGGUUUUGAACGGUAAAGGACAGCAUGUUAGCUCUAAAUAUUCCUUUGUUUCUUGAUAAAAUUUGGUUUGCCUAGUUUUUUUUUUAAAUUGAAAAGUGAAAUAAAACCUUUAGAGUAUGAGGUACUAUAAUUUUGAGUUAUGGGAGUGGAAUAAAAAGGUUGAGUUUGGGAAAAGGUAGUAAUUUAAAGAAAGCAGUUCUCAUCACACAAAGGGUCUGUGUCACUGGGAGACAUGUGUAUGAGCAUUUAUUGUGUAUAUACGUGUACAUAAUGUUUAUAGAGACAUGUUAGCAUAUACAUAUAUAGAUAUUGUGUGGGCAUAUACAUGGUCAUCGUUAAAUAUAUAAAAACUUCCUAAAACCCUAUACUCUUGAUAUACACAGACAUCUCAGUGGGGACAGUGGCACAGAAAUGGUUACUUUCUAAUACAGAAGUCUUUUAAGGACAUGUCUCCAUAAUAUUUUGGUGAACUCAAGUACUUUUUCCUCUGCAAUGUGUGUUCUGUUACCAAUUAAAGUAAUAUUCCAAGUAAGUUUCCAGAUAAGCAAGAUAGUUUCUUUUUUUAGUGAAGAACAUUUUCAAAGAUUUAUCUUAUCACUUAAUUUUAAUUUAUGACCUAAUUUUAGAUCUGCAUUUUCCAAGGUAGCUAGUAAACAGGAGGAAGCAAAAGAUUCUUCAGAUUCCCUGUGUUCUAUGAGCAAGGUCUCAGGAUUAAUUUAAAAGGGAAAAAACAAUGAACUAGGUGACACUGCACGAGAAGGACUCAUUUGCUCCCACACUGUCCCACAUGCUGAGUUGUAGCCACAAGCAUUAUUAUCAGAACUGUUUAAGGCUGGCGUCCUAAAGCUCUAAAAAUAGACUGGGAAGGGCCACACUUAGAUAUGCCUUUUUGUUAUUAUGUCUCAGUCACUGUCACAGAGUCUAUUUCUUUCCUGUUGAGUAUUAUUUAAAUUCAAAUUUUUAAAUGUGCUGUGAUGGACGUUUUUCAUAGUAUUCAAUUUGCCGGGUAAGUUACAUAAAAUGGUUAUAAUUUUUUUCUCCUUUUACGACUACAGUAUUUAGUUUCUUGACCAGCCCUUGUCCUGCUGAAAUAAUCUCAUAGAUUCUUAGUGGUCUUAAUUCAAACGGAUUUUUAGUUUUUAUUUUACUUCUGUUUAUAUUGGCUUUGAUUAAAGGAUUCUUGAGGGCUGGAUUAUCUUUUUACAAAGUGAGAUGCCUUAUACAGUGUUUAAAAAUAGAGGGUCUUGAUAUGGCUGACUUUUUAAAUACCCUUUAUAUGAGGAUUAUUUCUUUUUAUCUUAUCCUGACUUCAUCAUGAUUAAGGGGAACUUGACUACAUAUAUAGUAUGUUUCUUCUCAUAAUGACAUUUUUGAAAAAUAAAUUUGAGUUUUAUCUUAUAUAUAAAUAACUUUGUACAUUUUAUACUUAUUCUCAAUUAUUUUCUUUUAAAUGGUUCUAUUCUUUCCUUAUAUUUAUUCAUAAUUACCUAUUUAUCCAUAAUUAUACUCAUUAUUAUUCUGGUCAUUUCUUGUGCCCAAACCCUAGAAAUUAAAGCCAUACAUUUUGUAUAAGGUUCAAAUUAUAGCUACUAAGGAAGUAACUUGUCUGUGUGUGUAUUGUGUUAACAAAAACAACUGGUUUGCUAAGGGCGUUAGUUUUCUUGCCAUAUUGCAUGAUAGGACAUUCUUAAAGGGUCACCUUCAAAGGAAUUUUAAGAACCAUAUUGCAAAGCAAAAUUGUGAUGAAAAGGAAAGAUGAAUCUUAAGUGCCCAGUUUUGUUUUGUUUUUCAAGUGAUACUUGUAAAUCAGUCUCCUUUUUUUGAAACUCUUUAUCUUAAAAUCAGGGAAAAAUUAUUUUGCUUUAAGGAAGGUAUGUAUAAGUGGCCCCAUCAGAGUCUCACCUGUAGUCUGUAAUACUUCGCAGUUGCUAGGGUAAUAGGGUCUUUCCAGUCUCUUCUCCUCUUCCUCCUCCUCUCUCCUAUGUUAGUUCCUGGGGUGCAC